ACACACUUUACAUACGACCAGAAUCACUCUGGAUUUUGUAACAGGUUUCGAGACAAAGUCUGAUUGUGGAAACUGUUAUAAGCAUCUCUCAUUGAAGUCCGCGCUUAAUUUCGAGCUUAUGUAAAUGUUCGCCGAUAUUGGAGAUUUCUAAUGUUCCGCAGAGCUCUCGCCUUUUUCUGUCUCCCUUGUGGGCGGGAGACCGACACCGAAGAUCUUCGUGUCGUAGCGGUCUGCGAUGACGACGCAGAUCCUGUACCAUUCGACCCACAGGAUUUCAACGUGGUGUGGAUGCGGUUCCGUUUGGGCCCCGGUCAACAGGAAGGUGCUCCUCCGAAGACAGAAGAGCCGCAGAAGAUGCCGAUGUCAGCUGAUGGAGGAGACGUCAGUCCUUGGCUGCAGGACACACAGCUGGAGGAGCGCACCAUGGGAAAGGUGGGUGACGCGACUGUUGUCUCGACGGUCGCCGUGGUGCACUCCGGCCCAUGCGAUGGCUCUUCCAGUGAGGGGGAGCUGCCGCCUCCAGAUCGCCGCAGACGCGGCUGCCGCCGUUGCUGGGCGGAAAGGCUGGGCGAGAAGGUGGUCGUUCUGCCACACGGUCGCCAGGGGUACCGCCUAAGUAGGAGAUAAAAUUUUGUCAUGGAGAAGGGAAAUUGAAACCCUGCAGAAACUGCAAAUUUCUGGUCAUGUGAAAAUGAUAAAAUUCACAACAACAACGAGAAGAGAGUUUCUAAAUCUCUCCGUAAGAUAUUAUGGAAUAAUAUUGUAUGGGAGAACGCUAAGAAAGAAAUUUUUAAAGUGUGGUGCAGAACAUAUUACUGUAGGGAGCAGACAUUUUUCCUGAAACGGGGAGCGUUAGGGAGAUAAUAAGAAAAUUGGAAAAGGACGAUAUGAGAAGACGUCUGCAGGUAACGAAACAGGAAAAUUACGAUAUGAAGUUCGGAGGCCAAUGGAGAUAACGUGCUCCAUAGCUAAAAUCUUUGUGGAUUACAGACCGGUGGUACCGGUACGUCCGACUAUUAAUCAAAGUUUAUCGCCAAGGAAGAUUUAAACUGAGAGGCGCGGGGAAGAAGGAAGGGAGUCCAGCGUUAAAACGUGAAGAAUACAGACAGGAAGCAUUGGAAGACCGGAAGACUGGAACAGCAGUAGCCUGUCGAGAUCGAAAACGGCUAAAUGUUAGGAUAAAACGCUGUCAAAGAUGAGAAGACUUUUUUCGCAGCUCAGCUUCGAUUUGUCGUGCAAAUUGGAAAAAUGAUACUGACGGAACAAAGGGUGAUUUUGUGAAGUGUUUCUCACCGGUUCGUUGUUUGUCUUUUAUGAGCUUAUUGUAAACCAGUAACGGAAGACAUAAAAUACGAACAACAACGUAACAGUUGACCUUUCGCAUAUACAGUAAGCAGUUUAACGAAGGAAACUGGUGCAGUGAUCCGUCCCGUGUUGCUGAAAAGAAGUGGUAACAUUUUUGGUUUUUGUGCCGCUUUCGAGGGAGUCAUGCAAAUUCAUGUUACUGAAGUCAGUGUAUUCUAUAUUAACAAACCACUUGUUUAACAGUCAAUAAAAUUUUAAUGGUGAAAUAACAUAAAA